UUAAAUGUAAGUUUUUUGACUUAAAAAUAUAAUUGUUUUUUGUAACUUGAUAAUUAAACUUGUUAAAAAACUGUGUAUUAUCAAAUCAAAACUUAAAAAAAAAUCAAACAGGGUAGUGGCACCAGUGAAAGACAAAAAAAAAAGUGAAUGAAAAUAACUUACCACGACUUACCACGUUUGAUAAAGGAAACAAGAUGAGCAAUUACACGUCAAAAAUAAAAUUUAAUCAUUAUGAACUUAACUGGACGAUAGAAAAUUUUCCACUGAUUUGUAGCAGCGUUAAAAUAAUAGAAUCACCGAAAUUUCCAUCAAAGGAUUUAUCCAAAUGCCAGUGGUUUCUUGAAUUUAAACCCACAAAAUUGAUUGAAAGCAAUACAGAAGAAUUUUUCAUUUUUUUAAAAAAUACAAAUAAGGGAAAAUUUCUUAAUGCUAUAAUUUCAUUCUACUCUCAAUCUGAAGUUAAGGCAUCUUUAAUCCACUCUAUAUCAAUAGAUAAAGACACUUCCUGGUCAAUGAGUGGAUCUGAACUUUCUAAAAUAUUCGGCAAAAAUUUAUCAAAAGUUGUUCUGGUUAAGUGCAAUCUCAGUGUUAUUGAUUCACUGUCAACGGUUGAGGAAGAACCUCCAUUUAAACGAAGAAAGUGUAAUAACGAUCUAAUGGAAAAUAUGACAAGUUUACUCAGUGAUGAAAAUUUCAAAGAUGUUAGGUUCAAAGUAGGAGAUAAGGAAUUCACAGCCCAUAAAGCGAUACUCACCAUUCAAAGUCCCGUCUUCGCUGCGAUGUUCAACAGCAAAAUGAGUGAAGAACUAACGUCGAUUGUUGAAAUAAAGGACGUAAAGCCGGAAAUUUUUCAACAAAUGCUGAAUUUUAUCUACAAUGUCGAAGUUAAAGAUCUUGACGAAGUGGCACUGGAAUUAUUUUGCGUGGCUGAAAAAUACCAACUGGAGGAAUUGAAGACCAAUUGCAUUAAUUCUUUACACAAAUGUCUAUCUGCAAAAACAGUUUUUGAUACUCUUGAAAUGGCCGAUUUAUAUUCACUCUUGGAAUUAAAGUCUGAAUGUCUAAAACUAUUGAUAGCUGAAUGGAUUAUAAUUAGUGAGACAAUGGAAUUUAAAAAAUUCAUACAAAAUCGACCAAACUAUGUUAUUGAAAUUGUAAACAUGCGUAAAAAAAUGGAUAAAGAAGAAAAUGCAGAAAAUAACAAGUCUCUAAGUUUGCCUUUUGUUUUCGUCGAAUAAUGUUUUUUUCCACAAAUACUAUUACUUAAAAUAAUUAUUCAUUUUCGUCUUUUCUGUGUUAUAAACACAACAGAAUAAAACUACAUUGUAUAGGAUAUAAAAUUUUAGAUUUAUAGAACAAGAGUAAUUAUCAUUGUAAUUAUUGUAAGAAAUAAAUAAAUAUUUUUAUUGU